AUUUUUCCCGGGAGUCAAUGAACGCAACAGUGCCAUUGGCUAAUGUCAGCUUUUCCUGGUCUUGGGCUGCCUGUUAUGAGUUGAGCGAACUUGAGUGCCGGGAAUGCAGCCGCCACUCCCGCCGCAGGUGGUCCGAGAGCUGGUGUGCUCCUGUCUUCACAGAGAUCCUGUGGCGGCCGAUCUUCGCUGCAGCCUGUUUAUUGCUGCUGCCCAAAACUACAAGAAGGAUUCUUUGCUUCGCCCUUUCCCUCCUCGAUAUAUACACAAGGACAGUAAAGAUUUUGAUGCACUGUUGGCAGACGUGAACUCCUUCCCCGGUGUGAGGGAGUUAGUACGGUUGCGACCAGGAGAGGGAGAGCACCAUAUGGCCCUUGCGCAUUGGAUCCUCUCUUCCAAGAGCUUUGCUGUCAAGACACUACAGAAGGAUGAGUACGCCAAACUUUGUACCCUGACGCAAAGCGACGGCGUUUCUGCUCCUGCGCCGGACUUCCUGUUCGAGCUGGAAUACUGCGACCAAUUGAACGCGCGCUUUGAACGGAUGAGAGAGGACCGGGAUGUCUUCUAUGCCUUCCACGGGAGUCGCCUGGAGAACUUUCACUCGAUCAUCCACAACGGGCUCCACUGUCACCUCAACAAGAACUCCGUGUUUGGGGAAGGGACCUACCUCACCAGUGACCUCAGCUUGGCUGUGCUCUACAGUCCCCACAGCAGCGGUUGGCAGGAAAGCCUCCUGGGUCCGAUGCUCAGCUGCAUCGCCUUGUGCGAAGUCAUCGAUCACCCGGACGUCAAGUGCCAGGUGAAGCGAAAAGACUCUGAAAUUGUCGACCGUCAGCGCUCGAGGGCCAAAAACAGCGAAGGAGGGGACGUGCCGGAAAAGUACUUUGUGGUCACAAACAAUCAGCUUUUACGUGUCAAGUACCUGCUGGUUUACUCUCAGAGGAGACACACGGCCAGACGUUCUCGCAACACCUCAUGGUUCCUCAGACACCACUUUGCUGUCAUGAUGAGUCUCUACCUUCUGCUGCUCAUAUUUAUCGGCACGUUCAACUCCAACACGUUCACGUCCUUUUGGAACAGACGGUUCAGUUGACCGACCGCACGAAUACUGACUCGCUCUUCAUCCACUGUGCCUUCCUCACUGUGACCGGAGGCCUCGGCACCUUGACUGCACGUUUUGAUUCUGUUUGUUUCCCCAUUGUCAUCAUCAGCAAAAAAAGGCAGUAAGGUGUGUCACUACACAAGUUAAAAAGGAACUUCAGAUGAGAACAUGUAGCAUCCUGAUUUUAUUUCUUUUUCAGUACUUCUUCACAUUCUAAUAGAAAUACAGUGGAACUUUUGAAGUCGAAUUCCCCUGGGGUUGUGGGCAACAUUUUUUUGAAAAAUAUCCCUGCAGUGUAAGUCACGAGGGCAAGUUAAGUGUUGGAGGACACAAUUUAUUAUGGUUUUUUUUUUUUUUUUUUUUUUAAUAAAGUGGUUACCUUUACACUUGUAUGAGAGUUGAGAAUGUUAAAGUGCAACUUGUCCUUUUAUGAAAGUUUGAUCUUGGAACGCAUGACCGCUUUCUGUUAGUUCCUAUGGGGAAAAAAGUGUUUCGAAAUCUGAACAAACCACAAGAUUGUUGCUAUUCCGGUGUGCCGACCUUUGAGGUUCAACUAUAAUUACCAAAAAGCAAAAGCAAAGGUACUCUCACUCUCCUUAAAUAAAAGUAGAUACUUGUGGAAAAAAAA